AUGCCCAAGGAGCGCGGCGGCAGUGGCAAGGGGCCGGGGUCGGCUGGCGUGGGGUACCUCAGGCCGAAGCAGCAGCGGGACUCGCAAGGAGUGGCCGCCGGAGCCGGCGGUCGGGCGUCCGCAAAGCCACCCUCACUGGGCGCGGCGGGCCUGCGGCGCGCAGCAGUGGUGAGGGCGGACGACCGCGAUUUGGACGACCUGCCAGACCUCUGA